GGUGGAAGCGACCAGAUCAGUGGCCAGAUUGCAAGGACGGGGGGGACACCGAUUCACCGCCCACGAAGUGCUGCUGCGUAGGGCAUAGGACGGACCGAUUGCGUUGGUGCCGCAGCUCCGCACGCUUCUCCCUCCCGCUGCUCCUCUCAACUUCCAAGCUACUCCCCUGUCCCGUACUAAAUGCCUCCCUUCUUCUCCUACACCACUCUCCCCUACCAGCUCACGGAGGGUCCAUAUCCCAUGCGCGAGUUCUCGAAGUAUUUGGUGGAGCUAACUGACGUGGAGCCGCUGCCCUUCGCCGAUGAAGAAGCGUGGGAGUUGCACCGUGCGCUGUACAAGUCGGUGGCGCUGGGGAUGUUCCGGUUCUUCGUGGAUCACGAAGACCACUGCAUCGGGGAGCACUUCGUCGUCUACUACGUCAUCACACGGCCCAAGCCAGCGGAGAAGGAAGGGACGGUGGCGCCGCACCCCUUCGCCCAGCUCCAGACGAUCGAUCCGGGAUUGUUGGAGCUCAUACAUCUUGAGCUCCUCUCCAUUGUGCAAGUGAUCGAGAGCGAGGAGGAGGAGAUCCAACCACGAUUGCGGACGACGACGGCCCCGCGGAGGACGUACAACGCGGUCGUCAUCCCGGAUUUCAUUGCGCAGUGGGCGGAGUGGUUGGAGGAAAGGCCGUUGCGGCCUCCCUCGUCGUAUCCUCGACCAGCGCCACCAAAGGCCCCUAAGAGGACGCCGAAGAGGAACAGACGCCACCCGUCGCCAGGAGCGCAAGGCAGCAGGAUCGGCGGCGGCGAGGAAGUGAUUCAGCCAGCGCGUGCGGUGACGCUCGUUAAGGAGAUAGUCGUGCCAUCGCCGCCCUUUCCGCGUGUGCGCGAUCUCAAUCUUGAUGGAGCCGGGCCAUCAUCAGCAGCAGCAGCCGGAGGAGGAAGCCGAAUGGGAUUUCCGGAUCCCAUAUCCAGACCCCCCGUCCUCGCGGGACUUCUCCGUUCCCGCCAGCCACCCCGGGGUGCCCCGGUCAUUGACAUUAGUAGUUCCUCCGAGCCGGACGGUCCAUCCGACAGAGGUGAACUUCAUGGUGGAGCCCGCCACCAUCAGGCUCGAGGCCAUCGCGGGGGCGCCGCGCCCUGAUCCGGCCUGGGAGCCAUAUCUGACACCCCCUUUUCAAGGGUGUAUUGCGGCGCGAUUGGCUGGGACGCUC